UGUUGCUAAAAGCUGAAAAGAGAGAGGAGAGUUAUAGUGUAUUGUUGUGGGCAAUAAUAAUGGAGAGCAAAGCAAGGGUGGUGUCCAGUAUUCUUGCAGUGAAACACAAGUGUGGUAAGAGUUAUAGUGAGAUUGCGGAAGAGACAGGACUUACCAAUGUGUACGUAGGUCAGCUGUUGCGGAGGCAGGCCCAACUCAAGCCUUCUACUGUCCCUAAACUUAGGGCUUCACUGCCAGACCUCACCGACGACCUCAUCCAAGAGAUGAUGAAUCCUCCUAUGAGGUCUUACGAUCCUUCCAUUGUUAGGGAACCUGCUAUUUACAGAUUGAAUGAAGCCGUUAUGCAUUUUGGUGAGAGCAUUAAGGAGAUCAUCAAUGAAGACUUUGGUGAUGGCAUUAUGUCUGCUAUAGACUUCUACUGCUCCGUGGACAAAAUUAAAGGAGUUGAUGGAAAGGAUCGUGUUGUUGUAAUAUUUGAUGGGAAGUAUCUACCACAUUCUGAGAUGAGAUCCGAAGAUAUGGUGUCAAGGAUAAGGCUUCAAUAAAGCUAAUGAAACCCCAUUUUUGCAUCUAUGAAGGCCUACACUUCUUUAAUUGUUGCUGCACUUGUCUGAUUGACCUUGGCUUUGUUAAUGAAUAAAGAUCAUUAGAAGGGAACUUAAAUGCUACCCUUACACUGUAAUAAGUUCACUUGGCUGUGAUUACCACCUCUUGCUAGUAACCAGCCACUUUCCAUUGUUUUAUCUGAUUAUAAUUUUCUUCAUUGAAAGGAAUAGAAAAAUUUUUAAAAGU